AUCUUCUUCCCCUCAUUCAUGUUUUAACUCACGCACGCGAACCAUUGUUUGUCGAGAAGUCGCUUUGUUCAGCAUCAGGCUAUGUCUUCGCCACGGAAAUCACCGUCUCCGGAUAAGGCGGGCAGAUCUCCCACUCGCUCGCCUGAGGCGCCGGGAAACUCCACAGAUGAGGCCAUUGACAACCACAUUGAAGUUGACGAUGAUACUGACUCAACCUAUUCUGAGGGGACGCGCGUCACUGACACACAGUCGUUGAGAUCAUCAAUUUUGAACUACAAAUGGGAGAACGGACGUCGAUACCACGCCUAUAAUGAUGGGGAAUACUGGGCCCCGAACGACGAUCGCCAGCAAGACGCUGAAGACCUCAUGCACGAGAUGUUCCGUAUUAUCUUGGACGGUAAUCUCUACGAAGCACCAAUCAGUGAUACUCCUCAAGCAGUUCUCGAUUUGGGCUGUGGUACAGGUAUCUGGGCCAUUGAGUUUGCUGAUGAACAUCCAUCUGCUGAAGUCAUUGGCGUGGAUCUGUCGCCAAUUCAGCCCAGCUUUGUUCCACCCAACUGCAAAUUUGAGGUCGAUGAUAUCAACCAGGAAUGGACUUACCCGACUGACAACUUUGACUUUAUUCACAUCCGCAGCAUGACAGGAUGUAUCCCUGAUUGGAUCGAGCUGCAUAAAAAGGCGUUGCGAACCCUAAAGCCAGGUGGAUUUAUUGAGCACGUUGAAUUAUGGGGCAAGUGCAAAUCCGACGACGGAUCUUUGAAGCCUACCUCUCCGCUUUAUAAGUGGGUAGAGGUCUUUGAGAAGAUCGGAGAACUUACCGGCAAGACGUUUUUCUACGGUGACAAGGCAGCCGACGCCAUGAGAGAAGCGGGUCUAAGUGGUGUCUCUGAGCGCAGACUUAAGCUUCCUCUGGGACCGUGGCCAAAGGACAAGAAGCUCAAGCGAUGGGGAGCCUGGAAUCGCCAGUUUUUGCUGCAAGCGCUAGAAGGGUUCUCCAUCCGCGGCCUAACCGAAAUGCUAGGCUGGUCUUUUGACGAUGCACAACUGUUCCUUGUGGAUAUGCGGAACGAGCUUCUGAACCCGAAUGUUCAUGCCUAUGGAGAGGUAACUAUCAUAUAUGGUCAAAAGCCGGAGAAUGAAACUUAGGAUUGCGUGAUGUGGUUGUGGCUGUCAAAUGAAAGCGUGGUUUGGGGGAGAGAUGACUAUAGAGGAGAAGAUGCGAAGGGUGUCAGUCUGACAAUGAUUUUGCAUCAAUUUCUCCCCACCACCAGUCGGCACAAGGCCUGCAUUGAUCAGCAGCUUACGGUCAUAGAGCCAGUUUCUUUUUCGCUAUUUCUAGCGGUCUGUGACGCUUAUUCCUAGCAAUGGCCACAUUGUGCUUUCCACCUCCUCGGACC